CCGACCGUAUCCUUUGAGAACAGAUCGCUCAGCGAACAGCAUUCCCCCCACCCAGAACGUGCUGUUUUGAUGGCCCUGCGCACUGGGACGACUUGGUUUGGUCAGGUCUUGCGCAGAGUUAGGUUGCAGGGAUCCUGGUCCCGGCGAUCGAGCAGCUUGCUCUGUCUGUCCGCCUCCGAGAAAACCAUUGAAGAGGACCAGUACGUGUCGGAUAACUUGAACAGCCGCUGCCGGGAUCCUGGCUGCUGUACCCGGGCUUUCUCGGUGGACCUCAGGCGUUUGGAGAAUAGAAGGGAGAGCGGACAUGAGCCGCUCACACGCCGUUUUUUGGAGGCCAUGAAGCGGCAGAACGUGCGAACUCUAUCCUUGAUCAUCUGCACGUUCACUUACCUGCUGGUGGGAGCUGCUGUCUUCGAUGCCCUCGAGUCCGAGUUCGAAAUGGAGCAGGGCGGCAAGCUGAAGGAGCAGCAGAUCGGGCUCAAGGGCAAGUAUAACAUCAGCGAUGAAGACUACAAGCAGCUGGAGGUGAUCAUCAUGCAAGCGGAGCCCCAUAGAGCUGGGGUUCAGUGGAAAUUCGCUGGAUCCUUUUAUUUUGCUAUUACAGUGAUCACAACUAUAGGAUAUGGCCAUGCUGCUCCAGACACAGAUGCAGGUAAAGCUUUUUGCAUGUUUUAUGCUGUGCUGGGAAUACCGCUGACGCUAGUCAUGUUCCAGAGUCUGGGAGAACGGAUGAACACAUUUGUCAAGUACCUUUUGAAACGGAUAAAGAAAUGCCUUGGCAUGAAAAGCACAGAUGUGUCGAUGGAGAACAUGGUGACUGUGGGUUUCUUCUCCUGCAUGGGGACCCUAUGCAUUGGAGCAGCUGCCUUUGCACAUUAUGAAGACUGGAACUUCUUUCAUGCAUAUUAUUAUUGCUUUAUUACAUUGACUACAAUAGGUUUUGGGGACUUCGUGGCCCUCCAGAAAGAUAAGGCCCUGCAAAAAAGGCCGCUCUACGUGGCCUUUAGCUUUAUGUAUAUUUUAGUUGGUUUAACGGUUAUUGGAGCUUUUCUCAACUUGGUGGUUCUCAGGUUUUUGACCAUGAACAGUGAAGAUGAGCGGCGGGAUGCCGAAGAGCGAGCUUCUUUGGCAGGGAAUAGGAACAGCAUGAUCAUCCAUAUUCAGGAGGAUGCCCAACAGGGCCGACAGAGGUACAAAACGGAAGUCACAGACCUGCAGUCUGUUUGCUCCUGUAUGUGCUAUAGGUCCCAUGAGUAUACCAAUCAGGUGGUAUCACACCAGAAUUCCUUCAGUUCGCAAUUAAACCCUCAUUACUUUCACUCAGUAUCUUACAAGAUAGAGGAAAUUUCGCCGAGUACAUUGAAAAACAGUCUGUUCCCAUCGCCUGUGAGCUCUGUGUCGCCUGGUUUACACAGCUUCAAUGAAAACCACAGGCUCAUGAGAAGGAGGAAGUCCAUUUGAAACUCUUUUCAUUUUGAUUUAUUAUUGAACGUGCUGGAGAAGAAGCAGCAAAAAAAAAGCCUUUCUCUGAGACUCAGAAACCAAGCAUGAAGCAUGGUUAGUAACAGCUCCACAACAGCGACAAUAUGCCUUACAGAUGGCAGCUGGAGUUUUAGGGACAAGCAACACACUGGGUAUCCAUCAAAUCUACUUGCAAAUGGACAUUUUGAUUGGUAUUAAUGUGCUUGAGUGGAACAUUAAAUUGUUAAAAUGAAAGAGUAUUCUGGAUGAAAUUGAGGAAACAAUGCAUUAGGUAUUAAUUUUAUAAAACAGUUUAAAUACCACAUUUCAGAAUUAACUAUCAGAUCAUAAGAACCCAAAUUGUGUUGCUGAAAUAGCAUGCCUGUUAACACAUGAAGCAGUCAGUAUAUCGGAUAUACCAUUGUAUUUUCAACAGUUGGCUCUUUAAUACUGGAUUGUGAGUGCAGAGAGAUCAUUUUAGCAUGCCAGUUAAAAUGCAUGCGCUUUGUAAAACUGGUAUGCAUUAUAACUGAAAAGACAACUUAACUAGUAAUGAAAUUAAUAAUGCAAUUAAUAUUUAUUGAUUUAUGAUGAGUAUUUAUGCUUUUUCAGCAAUUCUGGCCAUUUGCUAUUUCUGGCCUUAUGUGAAGGGAGUAGAAAUGAAUGGCUGGAGUUGCAUUUAGUUCUUUAGUUCAGCUAAGACUUGCAUGACCUGGAAUUAGUUUUUGAAUGCCUGGAUUAAGACAGUAAGAAUAGAAAAAGAACAACAACAACAAAAGAUUCCUCUCCAGAAGGUCUAACAGUUUUAAAUGAUUUAACUGUUAUUCCCAAAGCUGAUUUAAUUUUUGCUGUACUAUGAAAUAGUUUAAAUGAUAGGAAGCUGUAACAACAUGUUUACAACUCAAGCUAGAUCUCAGACUCAUGUAUAAAAUGUAAUUAUUGGGAUUGCAUCUUUUUGUAAUGAAUGCACUAAUAUGUAUAUAUUUUACAUUGUCUUUACAAUUACUGCAGUCUUGUAAAAUAAUGCACUUUUCUAUUUUUUUCAUUAAAAUAUGGCACGUUUCAAAAUGUACAUUGUUGCUUUUAUAACAAAUGUACAUGGUUAAGGAAAAUACUGUAAAUUUGCACCACAGGAACUAACUUCAGUGGUGUAUUUUGUACAAAAACAGCCAUCUAUAGAGUUUUAUCAAUAUAUAAUAUAUAUUUAAAAUUUGAAUGAAAAUGUACAGAGAAAAUUUAACUGCUGGAUUUAAGUAUAAAGAGAUGUUAUAAAUGGCAAAUAUUUUGCAUGCAAU